UCCUAUCGCUGUAAGAGUGUGCGUUUCUGCAAAAAAUGUAAAAUGUGCAACAAAAGAGAAACAAUUAAGAAAUACGGCACCAGCAGCAGUAGCAGAUCCGGUUGCUAGUGCCAGCCGGCGUCAACCCCUAGGUCGAUAAUUAGUGCAUUUACUUUGCAAAACUCAAAAACCGAUUAACGCCUCGCCCAUCCAGCCCAGCCAAUACCCAGCCCUACCAUCUCGUUCGGACCACCGACGCUAGGGAUCGAUGACCAGAGCCUGCCUUUUGCUACAGGCCACCACAAACCGUCCCGGCUCAGUGGUACACCGUUCGUCCGGCGCACCAACACCAGCACCGCGUGGAAAGGUUAGCGUGCAAACGGGCAUGCGCCACCGGGAGCAAUCGUCAGUUCCCCUCGACGAUGACGACGACGUUGGGCUCGGGAAGUGUCCAAGCGUGUGCGUUCGGGUUGCUGGUAGGGCACUGUGCCCUAUGUACCAAUCGCGCUCGAAAAGGAUGAAAGGUAGCGACGGGAAGGAGAGCACAUGCACAGCUAAAGCGUGUCUAUUGACGACAGACAUUUGACAGUUGAUGGAUAUUGGUAUGGAAGGCCACACUAACUAGCCAACGUGGUGUGUCUAUGAGUGUGUCUGUUGGCUGACACCAUAUUCGUCCAAAAUGCUGCUUCGUGUUUCGCACCGCGGUUGUAACUGACGCGUGCUACUGCACUACGCACUGACAGGAAAUGAGAAUUCGCGGUUUUAAACCACGUGGAAUUUAAACCAGCCACACUAAAAAAUGGAGAACAGGCCCGACGAGACGAGCGUUGUGUGCGUAUGUGUGUGCAUCAUCAUUAUCGCCAUCAUUUUACUACAGCGGCCGCGGCACGAGAAUACCGGAAGAAUCCAAUCGAGAGUCAGGCAAGUUAGCGGCUUGCUUGCCGCAAUGGACCACCGUCACGCCGUCACCGUAUACCGCCCGUCGGUGUGUGCAUCGGAUGCUUGGCUCGACGGCUUUCACGGUGGUCGUGAUCAAUCUCGUGCUCUCGCCACGAUAGAGCGUUUUUGUUGGUGGCAUUUCGCUUGCACUAGCGAAUAACCGCGAAUACCGUCUCACUCGCGUUGGCAGCAGCAUGGAGGAGUUACGCACACGAUUCGUCGUGCCGGAUGGCUGUGCCUGUGUGUGCUUGCUGCUUUGUAUCGGUAUGUGUCCUCGGGGAUCGGCUUCGUCGUCGUGGUCGUCGUACAUCAUCGCACGAGUCCAGCAACGCGUCUACGCCGCUGUAACUGGAGCACACGCGUCCAACGGUUGGUUGGUCCAAUGGCAGUAAACUCCGCUGCUCGUCGGCACCACCGUUAUCAGUUGUUCCGUUGACGUUUGUGCGGCAAGCCACGAGGUUUCAAGCCACCGGCCGGGACUGUUUCGGUCGACGGUUUCGACAGUCGAGCCCUUUGCACGUGAUCGAUAGUGUCUAGUGGCGUUGAAGUGGUUGGUCUGGGACGAGGACGCUCCAAGCGUGUAGGGUGACCAGUGUGAGCGUGCGUGAGUCUGUAACCGUGUACGUGUGUGUGUGUGUGUUAGUGUAUGCACAAAAGGUUCAAGAAUUUGCCUGGCACAAUGUGUGAAGGUGCCGUUUUGCAAGUGAGGUGUGAGACAACUUCAACCACUACUAACGACGGGAACCACCAUAUGGUACCGAACGGAACGGACAGCCACAACAUCAAAGUGUAGUGGGCCAGUUUGAAGCGGUCGAGUGGAUCAAAUGACGAACCUUAUUGUCCGGGGCAAGCAGAAGUGUUUGUCGCUGUACGUGUCCGUGCACCUCGGAUGGGGAAAAUGGGAACACUUGGGGACAAGCGUGUGACACAUACAGUUUAGUGCUCGUGGUGCAACGAUGCAAUCGCGCCAGCAAGACGCGCACGGACAGACUGUCGCCUUCCGGCAAGUGUGUCUGUGUGUCUGUUUGUAUGUACUGAAACAAACGAUUCUGGAAUGUUAUGUGCGGGUGUACGAGUGUGUGUGUGUUUUUUUACUGCAUAUGUGACCACCUUAGCCUUAGCCAUGUGCACGGAAAGCAUGGCCGCAUUCGGCGUCAGCGUCAGAAAGAGCAAACCAUCUCCAGCGGCAGUCCAGCUGAUGCGGAGGUCCAUUCCGUGCUGAAAAAGUACACUGUUGGCGCCUUCAGAAAGAGUAAUAAUGAAAAACGCUUCGAUCGUGGAAUGCACCCAAACGGGACGUGGAAAAUGGCAGGACAAUGGAAGAGCAAUGGAAGAGCAAGAGCGAGCACCGCCAGUAAGUACGCUUGGCGACAUGGAAACGAGGACGACAGCAACAAUGCUGUCAUGGCCUGGGUUAAAAUGGGCAAAAUAAAGUAAAAAAAGAACCUCAACUCCGACAUUUCCAUGCCCACCUACUAGGCGCGGAGACUUUGCCACCAGGAAAAGCAACUGCCGUUCUGCCCGGUAGCGGCACUGCAACGACACAGCACUGAGAUGUACAUAAAAUGAAAGGAGUAGAGUAAGGAGAGAGAUAGAGAGGAGGAGGAGGGCAAUGGGCACCAACAGCAACAAAAAACUCAACACCGCAUUCUGCCGCAUAUCCCACUGCCGGAGCUUAGGGCGAGCUCAAAAUUACACUCACUACUUUGAACUUCAUUAAAAUUGAAUCCCAGCAAUUACGGGCCGAAUUAAAAGCGGCCAAGUCUCGGGGCGGUCCCCGUCCACGAGUUAAAGGGCCGUGGGUAAAGUGGGUAAAGAAAAUUCUUUGCUCAUAAAAUCGAGCUCCCAUCGAUGCGCUUCCGACCGACACACCCGUACACAACAACAGCGUUUUGGGUAGCAAGGAAGACUGUACCGAAAAGGUGCCUGAGAGAACCGCGAGGCUUGAUCUUUCCCUGAUGGUGUUAAAUUCCCAAACGGCUUUACGGUGGUUCUUGUCGUGGUAAAGGUUGGGUGAUUUUUUUCUCUCCUUCUCUCUGUGUCGGAUUCUUGCACUAUUUGAAUGGCUUGAAAACGCUUUUCAGGUGGAAAGGGGACUAAAAUUUCACUGGACGUUUUUUGUUUGUACCACCCGUUUGCCACUAAUUGGGAAACUGUUUGCCUAUUUUUGGUCGGUUGCAUUUUGAUGGAAUUUUCGAGGAUGCUGAUGUGGGGCAUUCUGCGGUCAUGCGGAGAUGGCAAGGGAAAGGCGUAGCUAUCGAAGCUGCUAACUUUUACCACAUGUGGGUUGUAAUGUGCAUUUUUUAAUGCAUCGCCAUUUACACAGUUGAUUUUUUUCAAGUUGAAGCUACUUCAAUUACAAAACAUAAAGACGUAGACAUUGAAAAAAACCUCUGAGUAAAUAAUUUCAAUUCUUAAAUAGUUGUGCAACCUACUAAUGAUGCUAAAGAUGCAUACUGAUGGAUGUAAUAAAUUGUAACAGAAUUAGCAUUUUCACUGGGGCUGGUCUAGAUCUUACAGAUUUAGCUAUCUGUGACUUUAAAAUUCACUUCUAGACAAACAAUUGAGUUCAAUUUAUGAUGGUACAUUUUAAAUUUCAACUCACGGCGAACAUGUUGUUACAUGCUUCUGACAUAACAGCACCACGGAACUUAUUCGAUAAGUCAUAAAAUAAGACGAUUGUUUUAAAAUAUUACAAACAUGUUAUACAGCGAAUCUUAUCAUACAAGUUAUUUAUUUGUGAGAUUGCCGGUAGCGCUCUCUUAGUAACUCGUUAUGACUCACUGACAGAGAUGAUAUCUUAACAUUUGACUCCAAUUAAGAAUAUUAAGGAAAAAAAAUUAAGGAAAAAAAAAGUUAUUUUUCUUAUAAUGCUUCAAAACCUUUUUCAAAUUUAGUCGGAACUAAUAUAUUAAGUAGAGAUUAAAUCUAAAUUAUACUAUUAAUUUAAUCCACUUCAUCAAGAUUAAAGUAUUUGUAAAGGUGAAUGGAUCUAUGAUGGAAUAUGAUUCAAGGAUGUAUUUUUUUCUUGUUUCUAUGAUUUCCAAAUCUAUGACUAGUUUAAGCUUCUAGACUCAUAAUAAUUUGUUAUAAGCAAGAGAAAUACUAUUCUUCCUCGAAGCUCAUCUGCUGACUAAAAAAAAAAGUUUCAAAACAAUUUGAUUAAGUCUUGGAAAAUAAUAUAUGCUUAACCUAGAUUAAAAACCAAAAAAAUAUAAUACCGCCUAAAACAUUGACAAAAAAGCCA